AUGACUCAACCUUUGACUAACUCUUCCCCGCAACUUUUCCCCUCAACCUCCAUCAUCGAGAGUUUCAUGGACGAUAGAGUAAUAUCAAGUUUGGCGCACCUCGCACCGUCACACUUACAAUGGACUGACCAUAAUGGCGUACUAACCCGUCCAUUGGGGUUAGUUGAGAUGUUUUUCCACAAAAUGGCUCUAAUGCAUCAAGGGAGGACUGAUAUUUUCUUUCGUUUGCCCAUGCGCAUAGAAGGUGACGAUAGUUGGUUUGAUAAGCUCCCUAUCGCAUGGGCAAGGCUCAAUCAGCUACACCCAUCAUUAAGCUACGCUGUUAUCGAAGAUGGUAGUGACGAACCUAUGUUUUCAUUUGAUCCUACAGAUCUCAGCGGUGAACCUGCUCACGUGGUGAGAAAUUGCAGUCAAACAAUCAUCGUAGAACGUAAUUUUAAAGAUGAUGUCGUCGAAUGGAUGCGCGAACAAAUAUGGAAUGGCGACAGACAAUUCUUAAAUCAAAGUUCUAAUUUGGGUAGACUUAUCGUCCUUCACAAUAGCACAACUGGCGAGGUAGAUAUAAUCAUGGCUGUUGCACACUGCAUUUCGGACGGUACAUCUGUCGCGGCUCUCGCAAAUGAGUUUCUGGAAAUCCUUACCGGCAAUGAACUUGAUGGUGUGAAUGGAAGCACAGUGAAAAUACCUACAUUAAGCGAUUAUCGGGAAUUCAAACCACAGCUAGUCAAUGAAGGCUCUUUGAACAGUGUUACAAACUUCCUCAAUCUUACUAAAGAAGAUAUUGUGUCAGCCUUGCCUUUGGCCAUGGAAUCAGCAUACCCACCUAUGCCAUUAACGACUAGACCGCCAACAUUGCCCCGCUUGAGGUGGUACUGGGCAAUCAGGAGGGUUAUAGCGCAGGUAAGAGGCAACAUUCUCAACCGAUUGUCAACAGUAGACUUUGUCGGUGAGAGAUCGCCAUCUGAACAGAAAGAACUUGAACCUAGCUGGGGUGCCAUCACAAAUUGGAAGCAUUUCACCCUAUCACCUGAUCAAACAAAUGGCGUUAUGCGAUAUGCCAAGGAAUGCAAUGUAAAAAUUGGAUCGCUAUUGUUUGCUACAUCUUCAAUAGUAAUUUCAAACCUCAAUCAUAUCAAGCAGAUUGAUAAUGGUGACACCUGCUUGAUUGGAUUUCCGUUCUCAAUUCGACCAUAUUUGGAUCAGACCCCAAAUAAAGCGCGUUCAACACCGCUCGAUGUUCCUUCCAUUAUGGAAAUUAGUCCACUAUCAGUUCAACUAGGGUUCGGCGGUAUCCAGUUACCAUCUACACCCUGCUUGGUUGACUCAGAGACAUUCAAAAUUCGUUUCAAAUCUAGAGCACAGUCAGCACAAUCUCAAUUUAGAAACCUUUUGUCAUCGGCUACGUUAUUACAUGAUGGACAUUGCAUGGCCAUGGCUCGAGCUAGGACAUUCAGUGAGGGGCACGAUGGAUGGAAAAUAGUCAAACAGACAGAAUCGAAUAGUCAAUUGAGAGGCAAGGGAACAGCAAUAAAUGGCUCAAUGCUUGGUUCGAUGGACAAGAUACUGAAACCUUCAUACACUGCUAAAACUUAUACAUUGUCUCUUGACAAUCAACGUCAGGCGUACAUCGGAGUACGCUGCAGAACACAGGAAGUGCUUCUCGAAACUUUCACUUUAAAUGGGCAACUAACAAUCAGUCUCGGUUAUGAUCGAGUGCUAUGGCCGGACGAGAGUGUGGAUGCCUAUUUAGAGGAAUUUAAAAGGAUAUUAUUAUGCAUCUAG